CUACAUGUGGUGGUUAGGUAUUAGUUUCGAAUUUUGAAUUUUGUUCCAUUUCUAAAGAUUGGUUCUCUAAUCUUUGCUAAGCAAUGAAUCCACUAACAAACAAAUAAUAAUCUUUAGGUAUAUGUGAAAUAACUUAUCAUACAUAGCAUGGUUGUAAAUUUCAGUAUGCUCUAUUUCAACCAACAUUUUACUUGAUAUUCCAUUAGAAACAUAUCCUUCGACAUGAUAGGAAGUAUAACAUACAUAUUUUGGUUGAUGAAAACGUGGUGGAGUCCUAGUAGGCAAUCUAGAAUUUUGAAAGUGACUGAAAAUUUUAUUGCUGUGGACAAAGCCUAUGAUUUGAAAAUAAAUAGCAACCAAGAUAAUGAGUUCACACUCCAGACUUUUCUCAGGACUAAAUGCCCCCACUUGGCUAAUACAGCAUUACGUCAUCAGUUUUAUUUCGUACAUCGUUUGGAUUUCUCUACAAGUGGUGUACUUUGUAUCCCGUUGAAUAAGCGUGCAUGUCAAGAGGUAGCUCAUGCAUUCCAUAAAAAACUGACCAAAAAGUAUUAUUUAGCCCUUGUAAGAGGGUGGUUUUCUGUAGAUAUAAUAGAUGUGAAUACACCUAUAGGCGAGGACACCAGGUACUCUGAAAUUCAAAAGAUGUGCUGUGAUGAAAACUUCUUCAUAAAACCAAAACAAUCGAGAUCUGUAAUUGUUGUCUUAGAAAAAGGUAUUUUCAAAAAUUACCCUGCAACAAAAAUUUUAAUAUUACCAGUAACUGGUAGAAGGCACCAGAUAAGGGCUCACUGUACACAUUUAGGACAUACGAUAGUUGGUGAUUUCACCUACAGCAACAAAAAGGAUGUGGAGCCCAAAAGAAUGUACCUUCAUUCGUUGAGAUUGGUGAUUCCUAAUGUUAUAGAAAAAUUUGAUGUCCAGACUGAAGACCCGUUUUUAUCUGAUAGAGGUUGGUCCCCUCUCAAUGUAAUCAAUGAAUUGAACUGUGAUAUAUUUGAAAAAUUCAAAAUGACUGAGUUCCUACCUUAA